AUGCCCCCGAUCCGCGCUCACAGCACGCUCAUUAUUGGCGGCGCUCAAAUAUUCAUCGCUUCCUCGAAUAAUGACCGCGUGGAAAGCACUGUCCAGAAAAUUAAAGCUUCAGACCCAAACACAAGCUUAAAGGGCUUCACGAUUGACCUCGAGGCCGCUUACGUCGAAGAGCGCCUCGAGAAACUCUUUGCCGAUGUUGUCGAAGCGAAUGGCGGCGAAAGGCUUGACCAUAUUGUAUACAUAGCCGCACGCUUUGAUUUCAGGCCUGUCAACGCCGUGACGGUAGAGUGGUUAAGAUCUCGCGCUAUGAACCAGUUUUUCAUUGUGGUUCCGCUACUCAUCGCUAAAGUAGGGACGCGAUUCCUCAAAGAAAGCUACAAGAGCUCACUAAUCUUUACGAGCGGGCGCAUCACCGAAAAGGCCGUAAAGGGUCUUGCUGUUGCGGCUGCAUAUAGCACCGGACUUGCAGGUUUGGUCAAGACGCUUGCAUUGGAAGCAGCACCUAUUCGCGUAAAGCUGGUAAGCCCUGGAACGACGGAUACAGAGGUGCAAGGCCCAGAUGGUAGCGAAAAGCGUUUGAAAAGUAUGGCAGCGGCGGGUGCGUCCUCUAUUCUGGGGAAAGUCGGUGCGCCAGAAGAAGUGGCAGAAGCGUAUCUAUAUUUGAUGAAAGACUGGAACGCAACGGGCUCUGUGGUGAGCACAAGUGGUGGAGUUUUACUUCAGUAG